UGACUCUUUCUCUCCCUCCCAGGUGCUGCAGGUGGUGAGGCUGCCCACACCAGCAUGGCUCUCUACAACAAUGGGGCCGACGUGCCUUCGCCCCAGGAAGCCUCCAAUGGCUUCUCACAGCCCGGUGCCUCGGGUACGUGGCACAAAGGUGAGGAGGAGGUGCGUCUGGUGGAGACCAGCCUGGUGAAGAAGGCUCACCGGGAAAUCCUGGACCAUGAACGCAAGAGGCGGGUGGAGCUGAAGUGCAUGGAGCUGCAGGAGAUGAUGGAGGAGCAGGGGUACUCCGAAGAGGAGAUCCGGCAGAAAGUGGGGACCUUCCGGCAAAUGCUGAUGGAGAAGGAAGGCGUGCUCACCAGGGAGGACCAGCAUGGGCGCCAAAUUGUGAUAGAAAACCACCACGGGGUGGAUGGGGAGGAGUACGCGGUGGAGUACCCUGACUACGGCGAGGGCUGCCUGCUGCAGUGCGACUGCUCGGCUGAGUGCUACCGCGAGGACAGCAGCCACCACGAGUACAGGCUGAAAAGACGCUCGAGCAGCUCCACCUCUCCUCCUCCCAAGAAGAAAAAAAAAAAGAAAUCAGGUCACCGCCGGAGCCGCAAAAAGAGGAAACCCGGCUCGGAGCGCAGCUGCGACAGCUCUUCACCUAUCCGCAAAGAAAAGAAAAAGAAGACUGGAAAGAAACACAGACGUGACAGGUCUGAGUCGGGUUCGCGGAAGAAGCGAAGACACAGAGUCCUUGUCUUUUUCCCAUUCUGCCCUCCAAAUGUGGAGAUUAUUGUUUUCUUUUUUAUUAUCGCAUUCCUGUCACUGCCAAUUGCAAAGGUAGGAAAUGCCACUUUUUUGAGGCCAGCCUCGGCGUCCCCCUCUCCACGGGCUCACGGCAGGACGGAGCCGCUGUCCCCUCGUGCCCGGGGGGGCCGACACGGUGCCCGCAGUCCCCGGUCGCCCACGCCGGAGCGGGCCAAGCAUGGCCACCGGCAUCGCUCCCGCAGCGCCUCGCCGCCGCCCCGCCACCGCGGCCAGAGCAAGGGACAGCCCCUGGCCCCCCGGGAGCUCCCGCCGGCCCCGCUCAGCCCCGCCGGCUACAGCAGUGACUCGGAGGGCUCGGCGGGCUCCCACCCAUACCACCCGCCUCUCGGCCCUGACAGGAACCAUGGCGCCCACGCCAAGAAGGUGAAGGAGAGGCACCACCGGGGCCGGCCCAACAGCAGCUCCGAGUCGUCGGCCAAGCACUCCCGGCACGCCUCGGAGCGCAGGAAGAGCCCGUCACCCAGCCCUGGCCAGCGCAGCAGCUACUGGAGCUCCAGCGGCUCCCUCUCCAAGUCCCGCUCCCACUCCCGGGAGAAGAGGGCAGGACGCAGCCGCUCCCGCUCGCCCUCGCCGAAAAAACCCGCCAGCAGAGAGAAGGACAAUGAGCCCCGAACACGGCACGGUGACCCCGAUCCCGCCCGCGCCCGGCGCCGCUCCAGGAGCUACUCCCCCAUCAGGAAGAGGAGACGUGACUCCCCCAGCUUCAUGGAGCCCAGGAGGAUCACAAGGUCCCUCCCGGAGAGCAUCGCCGCCAGCCUGGCUCCCAGGGUAACCUCUCCCCUUCCUCCUCCUCCUUCCUGUCAUCCUCCUCUUCCUCCUGGACCCCUCUGUGUCUCCUCACACCCUAGGAUGCCCCCGGCACCCAGCCACCUCCGGGCGGUGCCUGUGUCUCUCUUCAGUCCCACUAACACCGGGCUGGGAGAAGGGGGCAAGGAGUUGGCUCCUGCACCGGCUCCAGACGUCGCUGUCCUCCGUGUCCCCCCCAUCCCCACUGCCUCUGUGCUCCCCCCAUCCCUCCUCAUCCUCAGGCGCCGGCGGGCCGCAGCUCGUCUCCCGCUAAUCCUGAACGUCUCUUUUUCAGCAGCUUUCAAUCUUUGGUGUCUGGGAAACACAAAAGCCACAUUAACCUGCUCAGGUCACUGA